ACAUUUUGCAGUUUGGAGAAACACUUAAAUCGCAUGCUACAGAAGAUACAAGUCAACGGAGUAAUUUCACUUAGCUAUGCUACUUUAUUUGGAAAAAGAACGGAAGUACACAUUUACUCUGAAAGUAUAAUUAAUUUGCUUCCGGGUUAACUGCGUCGUUCUAGGAUAGUUUAGUAUUUGGUGUCUAACGUUAGUUGGAUACCAUCGGUUAGUUAACAGCUAAAACCGUUUUCAAUGGCAGUUAGUUAGCAAAUCAGUCGCAGGUAUAUAGACGAUGGCAUUCGAGCUAGUAGAAAAAUAGAGUUUAAAGUAGUUAUACAUUUGGAAGGAUGCUAGUCUGAUAGCCACAUAGCAGCUACUGUCACUUGGCUAGCCAUGCUACUAUUCCUGUAUUCGUUAUAAUUUGACACCACUCAUCCCAGAUAACCCUAACUGGACGCGUGUCCUCCCAAUAUGUGUGAAUUAUAAAGCUAGCCAGCUCAAUCAGCCGCCGCCGCCUGCUAGUAAUGCUAGCCUCCUACGCUAGGCUAGCAUGCUAACGUGAGCCUGCUAAGCUACUUGUGGCUGCUAGCGUUUAGUAUGAAUCCGUGUGAGCCUCUGUCUUCCAGAGUCACAGUUCCCAUCAACUCGCCGCAGAAUCUGCACUCAUGUCGGACAGGAGCAUCGACGUGGAGUGGGUGGAGGUGGUUAUAACCGAGGAGUGCCUGACCCCGGAACACAACACCCCUCCAGUGGUGCCGGUUUUGGAGCCGGCAGAAACUCCAAUCCAGAAGUUACUGGACACUGUGGGACACGGAGAUAACCCAGAGUCUGAUGGUGGCUUUUAUUGGGAGGAGGGGCUCACUCUCUUCCAGGACCAGAGUGAUUCCGCUAACGUCAACGGCCCGUCGUUCAUUCUGGACUUUCCAACAAGCCCGGGUCUCCCACAGAGGGCCCUCCUCACGCUCCCCUACGGCCUGAUGGUAGGCAGAUCGAGUAUUCCCAACGCCGGCGUCGGGGUCAUUAAUCACGGGCAGACAGUGUCCCCAGGAAUGCAUUUCGGACCGUACGAGGGGGAGGAGAGCACGAGAGAAAACGCCGCCGCAAGCGAAUUCUCCUGGGAGAUUUACAAAGACAAAGAUGAAUACGAGUACAUUGAUGCAGCCAGAGAGUCUCACUCAAACUGGAUGAGAUACAUCAAUUAUGCGCGUAACAAAGACGAGACGAAUUUGCUGGCGGUCCAGUACAAAGGCAGCAUCCUCUUCCAUUGCUGUCGUGCCAUCCACCCCGGAGACGAGCUCACGGUGUGGCCCAGCGCCGCUUUUCAGGACCGCUUUAGUGAAGCUUGGAGCCAGAUCUGGCUCAUGAAGUUGAAUGCAACAGAGAGCGACAUAACCGCGACUUCUCAGAUCUUCCCGUGCUCAGACUGCCAGCUGUCCUUCACCGCAGAGUCCUUCCUCCGUCGGCAUACGGAGAACUUCCACAUGCCGCCCGAAGGCGGCGACGAGGCAGCGGCUGCUGAGGCAGCUGAAGCUGAAGAUCCCUCCUCCGCUGCCGACUCGGCCGUCCCCGCGGCCUCCGUGGGGGUGUUUUCAGUCGACGACGUUGAGUCCAUGACGUGUGGUGAAUGCGGGAAGACGUUCAAGCAGUUGCCUCACCUCAGGAGGCACAAGCUCUGCGUCCACUCGAACAAACGUCCCUACUGCUGCCUGCAGUGCCGGCGGAGUUUUAGCCAGGCGUCCGGCCUGAUCAGACACCAGCUGGUCCACAGAAAGCACGCCGCGACUAAAGACACCGGCAUUGUUUCUGAUCCAGACAAAGAGCGCUCGACGCCGAGGUCCGAACCUUUCAACUCUGCAGAUCCAGCCAAAGCUGAGGAAACAAACACGCUUGAUCAAAGCGAGAGUGUGCAAGAAGCUGUGGAUGUGACUGACACGGAGAACGCACCUGCUGUAGAGGAGGGGACGUCUCCACACGUUUGUUCGGGCUGCGGCGGGGGCUUCGCGACUGAGGCGACCCUGAGAAAGCACAAGGCGACGGUCCACGAGCGGCUGCGUCCGUACGUCUGCACCGUGUGCCAGAAGUGCUUCGGCCAGUACAACGACCUCACCAGGCACCUGCUGCAUCACCAAAAGCAGAGCAAGAGGGGCGAGGAGGUAGACGAAGCUCCGGAGGAAUCCACCGCCAUGCCCUUCAGCUGCGCCGAGUGCUCGCUGACCUUCUCUUCGGUGGACGCCCUCCAGCAGCACAUAACGCAGCAUCACCCCGAGGAGGCCGCAGUGGCGAGCCAAGAGGACGAUCGGAGCCGCGAUCCGGACUUCAGCCCGCAGACGUCAAAACGGGUGGAGGUUUUCCAAAAACGCCAGAGGCCUCAGCGACUCGGGGCCGGAUCCAAGAUCUCCGCCAUAACCAAGCUCAUUGCCCCGAAGCGAACGGCCGCCGCCCGCAGGAAGCCACCCGCCAGCUCCGCCGAAGCGGAGUCGCCCGCUUCCACCAACGAGAAGUUGGCUAAAUACAAACGGUUCAGCUGCAACCGCUGCAAACGGGCGUAUGGGAACCCGGACGGCCUGAGGGCGCACAAGUGCGCUCUGAAACCGCUGAAGUGCGGCCUGUGCGGGGCCACCUUCAGCAAGUCCGGUUUCCUGAACAGACACCGGCAGACGGCGCACAAGGACGCCGCGCCUUACAGCUGCGACCGCUGCGGCAAAGUCUUCUCCACGUCCGGCAACCUGAAGCAGCACCAGAAGAGCAACACGUGCAUGAAGUACCACUGCACGUCGGAGCUCUUCCCCUGCUCUUUCUGUCAGUUCUCCUUCACCAUGAAGACCUACCUCCUCAAGCACGUCAAGAGGCACCACCCGGUGGAGUACCUGUCCCACCCGGACAACACCGUGGAGCAAAAGGAGGAGGGGUUGGACGAGGAAGAGGCGGGGGGGAAAGCGUACGCGUGCCCCCACUGCGGACAGAGCUGCGCAAGCGCCAAAGAGUUCAAGUCCCACUCGUGCUUCCAGCAGGUGAAGUUGCUGUACCUGUGCACCGACUGCGGCAAGGGCUUCACCAACCACUACGGCCUCAAGCAGCACCAGCGCAUCCACACGGGCGAGAAGCCGUACGCGUGCCCGCACUGCAGCAAGAGCUUCUCCUACACGGGGCAGCUCAACGUGCACCUCCGGACCCACACGGGGGAGAAGCCGUACCUGUGCACGCACUGCGGCGACAGCUUCCGGCAGUCGGGCGACCUGAAGCGGCACGAGAGGAAGCACACGGGCGUGAGGCCGCACAGCUGCACCGAGUGCUGCAAGAGCUUCAGCCGCCCGCAGAGCCUCAAGGCGCACCAGAUGCUUCACCUGGGCCAGAGGAUGUUCAAGUGCACCCAGUGCGGCAAGAGCUUCUCCCGGAACUAUCACCUGCGCAGGCACCACCAGAAGAUGCACCCGUAGACUUUGAAGGCGACGCCUUUGCACUAAAUGCUCGAGUUGUGGAGGACUUUUUUUCUUUCUUGUCCCUGUAUGUGAAAUUAUUUUAAUGUUUGUUCAAAGCGCUUCAUCAGCAAAAAACUAAUUGUUAAAUCAUUGCAAUUAACUAAGUAAAACUGAGCUCGCCACAGUCCAUGAAAGACAGAUUAUUGUCUCAGUGUUAACUUUGAAAUAAAAACACCAACUGCACCGUCA